UUUACGUCAGUUAAACAUUUCUUUAAUUCUCCCAAAUUGGAGGCUUGUUAAGAUGCGGCGUUCAAAGUAUUUUACACCGAACGAGGUGUCUCUUCACAACACAAUCAAUGACAUAUGGGUGUCGUACCUGGGCAAAGUGUAUGAUCUGACACCACUGCUGGAGGCAUACAAAGGUGAUGUGUUAUUGAAGCCCAUUAUAGAGUGCGCGGGAAAGGACAUCAGUCACUGGUUUGACCCAAAGACAAAGGACAUUCUUACACAUGUUGACCCGUUGACUGGCUGCAUUAAAUACUACACCCCUAGGGGGCGCUUCAUACACAUACCCCCUCCUUGCCCUCGCACUGACUGGGCCAAUAACUUCGGGAAGCCGUGGUGGAAGGAUAAUCGCUACGAGGUUGGGCUGCUGUCUGCCAAAACACGCUGGAUCCGCAUUAUCAACACUCUAACCUCCCAGGAGCAGAAGCUGGAGGUUUGCUCAGAGGAAACUUUAGAUGAGAUCCUCCACCGAUACCUGUUCUACAAUUCCCAUGCCGCAAGCUACACCUGGAAGCACAGUGGUAUAAAUCUGGACAUGAGUAAGACCCUUAGUGAAAAUGGCAUCCCUGAGGAGGACGAGUUUUACUGCGGAAGCCCAGACUGUAACCUCUUCUCUCCAUCCAUUUGUCUGUACUUUAACGACGACCUCACUGAACUCUAAAGACACACGCUAUUAAAGCGAACAACGGCGUGUAAUUCAUUACAAUAUCAUAUCCUCGGGAAGCAAAUCUAUGUUGCAGUCAUUUGAGCGAGAGGCAUGAAUGCCACAUCAACUAUUCAUGUUUCCAGUGUUUCAUCGAUUCCUGCCGGUGCUUAUCUUAUUGCAGCUCUCUGGGCUUUAUCCAAUCAAAUACUGAGCAACAGAAUAAAGAAGAUGAAUGCCAGCCUACAUAAUAAACCCCUGAACCAUAAA